AUGCCCAUGCCGCCAGCAGCACCAACUCCGGGUCCGUCGAAUGAACGAGUUAUCCCACCUCAAGAGAUAGUCGCACAAGCUGCAGCAGCUGUGGCAGCAGCAGACGAUUCCGACGAUGAGCCUCUGCACUUGAACCACGGCGAACAACCGGAAGAGCCUUUGGCAAAAUCACCGUCACUUCAGUCAGCCUCUGAUGCUGGGUCCAGCAGCCUUCCCCCACUGUCAAGCGUAGACUCUUACUAUGGGUUCAACGAAGCGUCGCGGGAGACGCACAGCGACAUUCCGGAUGUCCCACCACCAGCGUACAGCGAGCAUAUCGGCGAGAUAAACGAUAACAGCAAUGGCUUCGGCACAAACGCACGCGUUUCAGCAGAUGGUCGUGUCAAUAUUCGCAUCAACGAGAAAUCUCGGCGACUGUCAAGCCUUCUUGCGCCUGCUCUCCGCGACCAGUACACUCGUGUGCAAGAAGAAGGGCCUCCCCCACCGCCAUAUAUACCGGAGUCGCUCGGUGGAGCACCUGGUCAGACUCCGCCACCGCCCUUGAAUGUUGUCAUACACGUCGUCGGAUCGCGGGGCGAUGUACAGCCUUUCAUUGCGCUUGGCAAAGUGCUGAAGGAAACAUAUGGUCAUCGCGUGCGGCUAGCCACACAUCCAACAUUCAAGGGCUUCGUGGAAGAACAUGGCUUAGAGUUCUUCAGUAUAGGCGGGGAUCCCGCAGAGCUCAUGGCGUUCAUGGUCAAGAACCCUGGGCUCAUGCCUGGUUUCGAGACCCUGCGCAGCGGCGAUGUUGGAAAGAGGCGCAAGGGAAUCGCGGAGCUGAUAAAAGGCUGCUGGAGAUCCUGUAUAGAAUCAGGAGAUGGUACAGGCGCUGUGGCCUCUGACCGCACGGUAGAGGACUGGAUGAACUCUAACCAGAACGGAUCGACAGCUGCAGAAGUGCUUUCGAAACCCUUCAUAGCCGACGCCAUCAUUGCUAACCCACCAAGCUUCGCACACAUUCAUUGCGCGGAGAAGCUCGGUAUCCCUCUGCAUGUGAUGUUCACUAUGCCUUGGUCACCCACGCAAGCGUUUCCACAUCCUCUCGCCAACAUUCAAACCUCCAACACCGACCCUAGUGUCGCUAACUACAUGUCUUAUACUCUAGUCGACAUGUUGACCUGGCAAGGACUAGGUGAUAUCAUCAAUCGCUUUCGAAGAGACAGCCUCAACCUUGAACCGAUCAGCUUGGUCUGGGCGCCUGGAAUGCUCGCUAGACUUCGAGUGCCUCAUACUUACUGCUGGUCGCCUGCCUUGAUACCAAAGCCUAAAGACUGGGCCAAUCACAUUUCCAUAUCUGGCUUCUACUUCCUCUCAUUGGCAUCAAACUACAGGCCAGACCCAGAGCUAGCCGCUUUCCUCAGUGCUGGCCCGCCUCCGGUGUACAUUGGCUUUGGCUCCAUCGUAGUGGACGACCCCAACGCGAUGACAAAGCUAAUAUUCGAUGCCGUAAAAGCCACUGGGCAGCGCGCUCUCGUGUCGAAAGGAUGGGGCGGCAUUGGAGCCGACGAGCUUGGUAUUCCCGAAGGCGUCCUCAUGCUCGGCAACGUGCCUCAUGACUGGCUCUUCAAGCACGUGUCAUGCGUAGUACAUCACGGUGGAGCGGGUACUACAUCUGCCGGUAUCGCUGCCGGAAGGCCAACAGUCGUGGUACCGUUCUUUGGCGACCAGCCCUUCUGGGGCGCAAUGGUUGCUCGAGCUGGUGCGGGACCAGAUCCUAUUCCGCAUAAGCAAUUGACUGCUGAGAAGCUCGCUGAGGCGAUCAGCUUCGCGCUCAGGCCUGAAUCUCUCGACAGAGCGAAAGAGCUAUCUCAGAGGAUCAGUGAGGAGAAGGGCAGUGAUAGUGGAGCGCAGAGCUUUCAUCAGAUGUUGAAAGUGGAUGAGCUUCGAUGCUCGCUUUGUCCAACACGGUCAGCCGUCUGGCGGAUUAAACGGACGCAAGUGAGAUUAAGCGCUUUGGCGGCUGUUACGCUUGCGAACGAGGGCGCGCUGAGCUUUAGUGAGCUUAAGCUAUACCGGCCGCGCGAGUACGAUAGCGAUGAUGGACCUUGGGACCCCAUUACUGGCGCCACCGUCGCCCUUACCGGCACAAUCAGCAGCAUGAUGAUGGGAGUGGCAGACAUGCCAAUCGAGACACUAAAAGCACUGAAGAUCCAUCCCGAUACCGCCAAACGCUCCAAGUCACAGAGCGGCGGCUUAGAAGGAACUGGCUCAUCCGACACUGCUUCAGUCAGCGGCAAAGACAGCAACGCAGGUUACACCAACCCCCAACUCCGCAUCUCCGACACAUCUUCUUCGGCGGACCGGAGCGAAGAAUCACUACUUGUGCAGAGCCCGACCAGCAUGUCAGGCAUCUCCACAUCUACAGGUCGUUCACCGUCCAUGGGUCAGGUGUUCGACUCUCAAGGCAACCCUGCAAGUCCAGGAUCUCGACCACGAUCCCCACACGGCUCAUCACGCCCACCAUCUCAUCAGCGCUCUGACUCCGAGACAUACAAGACGCCCUUCCACCAAGCGCAGACAGUGCUCGACACCGGCAAAGGCAUCUCCCGUAUCGUAGGUGCCGGACUCAAAUCACCCAUGGACUUCACUCUAGGCCUAGCGCGUGGCUUCCACAACGCGCCGAGGUUGUACGGCGAAGAGGUCAAACCCGUCGAGCGCGUGACAGGCAUUAAGAGCGGCUUGCGGGUCGCGGCGAAGGAGUUUGGCUCCGGCAUGUUUCAAGGUGUCACAGGUCUCGUCACCCAGCCAAUCGAGGGCGCUGCUAAAGAAGGCGGUACCGGCUUCAUGAAAGGUGUCGGAAAGGGCAUUGCGGGCGUCACGCUCAAGCCUGCUGCUGCAUUCUGGGCAAUCCCGGGAUACGCGUUCAAGGGCAUAUACGCGGAGAUCCAGAAACCGUUUGGGUCCAGCGUGCAGAAUUACAUCAUCGCUGCGAGGACGGCGCAGGGGUACGAGGAGUUCCAUCGCACGAGCGCGGAGGAGAGGUCCGACAUACUGGACAGGUGGGCUUGCAUAGCGAAGAAUGUCAAGAGGAAGAAGAACCCGGGCGAAGAUCAGCUUGAGGCUUUGCGGAAGUGUGUCGAGAAGGGGAAGGGAGGGCGACCGCAGUGGCUGAUGAGCAAGAAGAGCAGGCAGCGCUCUACAGACUCUGCACCUCAACUGGAAGAACGAAGGUCUGAGGAUGCUGGACGGUCUCCGAGGAUACUCCCCCUAGGGUGGUCUCAGCCGAACACUGGUCCUAGAGCUGCGAGUCCGCACCCCGAGAGCAUUACAGCAGCGCGCGCUAUACCAACAGACGACGCAAACGACGCUGAGCUCGGUGCAGCCAUCCGCGCAUCCGUCGCUCAGAGCUCCCACGGCAACCCGGACGAAGACGCGAUGAUCGAGCGCGCCAUCCGUGCUAGUAUGGCCGAGCUGCAGCGGCCGCCCGCCAGCGACGGACACGUGGACGAUGAGGAAGCGCUGCAGCGGGCUAUACGGGCUAGUCUGACUGAUGCCCAGGCCCAGGGCAUGAACGAGCAGGAGAAAAAGGCCCUCGAAGACGUGGUCAGGAAGAGCGUGCUUGAGCAGAGGAGGGCGAGAGGCUCGGAUACCGAGUGGGAUAGCGAGCCGGAUACGGAGGACGAUGAGGAUGUCAAGCGGGCUCUGGAGGAGUCGAUGAGGCAUGGAGCGCAGGAUGUUGGUGGCUCAAGUGUUGCUAAUGACGCGCAGGACGAGGAGCUGCGAAGGGCCAUUGAGGCAUCCCAGCGUGAAGACGCGGAACGGGAGGAGGGGCUUAAGAAGCAGUUAACCGAGGAGGAGAUCGUGCUGGAGUACGUGAAGAAGCAGAGUUUGGCUGAGGAGGAGCAUCGGAGGGCGCUGCUAGGGAAGCAGGGGUCGUGGGAUGCUACCGGCUCUGGUUCUAGCUCGCGCAGGCAGUGA